AUGUCCUCUCUAAAAGACCACAUUUGCUUGGUGACCGGGGCUUCACGUGGAAUUGGUCGAGGUAUCGCCAUUGGCCUGGGUGAACGAGGUGCUACUGUUUACAUUACUGGAAGGACUCUUAAGUCCACAGAUGCGGACGAGUCAGGUCUGUCUUUGGAAUCCACUGCUGCUGAAAUCAAAUCACGAGGAGGAGUAGCCAUUCCCGUUGCAGUCGAUCAUUCUAAUGAGAAGCAAGUGACUGCACUGUUUGAACGGAUACAACGAGAGCAAAAGGGACGCCUAGAUGUACUCGUAAACAACGCGUUUGCAGCUGUUUCGCUGAUCAGAAAAACCCACAAAAAGGCAUUCUACGAAUUCGAAGAUGUAAGCCCUGGAGAGGCCUGGGAUAUUGUGAACAAUGUUGGUCUUCGAAAUAACUACGUCUGCGCUACUUUGGCCGCACGAAUGAUGGUCAACUAUCAGCGGAACCUCCAGGAACAGGGUCACCCGGAGAACUUGCAAGCAGGUUUAAUUGUCAACGUAUCUUCCGUUGGGGCAAAGACUUUUUUGUUUUCUACUUUGUAUGGAGUAGGUGAGUCAUUAGUCGAGUUCCGGACUAUCGUUAAUAACGUGUAUUUGUGUUUGCCUAAUGUUCAUGCAGGCAAAUGCGGUAUUGAUCGAAUGUCUCACGAUAUGGCAAUCGAGUUGAAACAACACAACAAUCACAUUAGCGUGAUCUCACUUUGGCCCGGAGUGGUGCGCACGGAGCAUAUGCUAGAGACUGAAUCCCCCGAGUUGUCUGGUCGUGUCGUGGCCCACCUGGCUGCAGAGCCGGACGCGAUCAAACUUGCCCGAUCGGGUCAGGUCAUCCUCGUGUCAGAUGUGGCCACCCAAUAUGGGAUUAUGGAUACUGACGGCAAGCCCCCGGCUCACAUGCGUUCUCUCAGAACCCUACUGUACAUGGGUGGUUAUUCGCUUGCUUCAAUGGUGCCGAGCUUUGUCCGAAUCCCAAAGUCACUGUUUAUGUACAUGCUCAGUUGGCGUUAA